GAACACAAAAGCUUGCAGCAGAAGCAGAUACAUGUAUAGAUCGCUCGGCAGCUGAAGCAGAAAUCCAGCAGUACACAGACGGACAGCCACUCAACGUAGCAGAAGCUCUUGCAGCCCGUCAAGACGAAAUCGAACAGGAAGCAGCAAAGGCAGCCGGCAGAAUGGAACAGGAACGAGCAGCAGAGGAAGUGGCGAAACUCAAGCAGCAAGCCGCAGCAGCACAGGAAGCAGCCAGAAAGCAACAGGAAGCCGCAGCAGCAGAGGAAGCCGCCCGUUUGCAACAAGAACAAGCCGCACAGGAAGCAGCCAGAAAGCAACACGAAGCCGCAGCAGCAAAGGAAGCAACCCGUUUGCAACAGGAAGCCUCAGCAGCAAAGGAAGCCGCCAGAGUGCAACAGGAACGAGCAGCACAGGAAGCAGCCCGUUUACAACAGGAAGAAGCCACACAGCAAGCGGCCCGUUUGCAACAGGAACACGCAGCAGCAGAGGAAGCCGCCAGAGUGCGACAGGAACGAGCAGCACAGGAAGCAACCCGUUUUCGCUUGGAACAAGCAGCACAGGAAGCAGCCAGAAAGCAACAGGAAGCCGCAGCAGCAGAGGAAGCCGCCCGUUUGCAACAGCAAGCCGCAGCAGCAGAGGAAGCCGCCCGUUUGCAACAGCAAGCCGCAGCAGCAGAGGAAGCCGCCAGAGUGCAGCAGGAGCAAGCAGCACAGAAAGCCGCCAAUGCCCACACACAGAAAGCAGGCACGCCGCAACACGAAGCAUUGCUGAGGCAAAUCGCCGAGCUCCGCGAGAAGCGAGCCACUUUGGAAACAGCGAAGGCAGUGCUUGACAACUUGGAGGCAGAGGAUGCUCAGGACCCUUGGCAGGUGACUCCACGAAACUUGUUCCCAAGCCCUCCGCAGAACCCCUCCGCCAACCCGACCAUGCCGACAGCAUGCAAAUCCCAAGCCAAAGCAGCAGCACCGCCACCACCAGCCAAGGCACAGGCGAAGAUGCCGCAGCCCAAGCAGAUGCCAGCCGCAGCAGCCGCUGGCCAGAUCCGCCAACCUCCGCCGAGCCAAGCAGCUCUGAACAAACGAUUGUCGCGAGCAAUGGAACCGAACGCGAAAGGAGUGUACAAGGUUAGUGAAGAAAUCCGCCGCCAAUGGAAUACUGGUGGUGACGACAGAAAGAAUGUCAUAAAGCUGUUCGCAGAAGCAAACUAUGAUACGGAGACCUUUGUUCGCCGGCACUCUACGACUGCCGAGAACUCCAAGGAGAUGGAGCUCGCAGUCGACUUCGAGUUUCUUUCGAAGGCAGAGAUGGCAGCAGCCGUCGUCGCCGCUGCAGAGACAAACAAGGAUAAAUUCAUUCGGGCAACAAAGAAAGUGAGCAUCAAGGAGGAGAACGAGGGCUUGGCUAACACCGACCACAUCGAAGUGGACGUGGAUCUGGAAGAUGCCCUGAUGGUGAUGGCUGAUGGGCUGAGUGCCCAGCCGCCACAGAAUGACGAGCUGGCCAAGCUUUUGAAAAAGCUUGGAUUCCCCGAGGGCAGUGAUCUGAAGCGCAGGAUGCAGGCUUUGCAGAAGGCGAAGGCCCGGCUCCUUAAAUCGAGAAUCAAAUUCAUUCUGGGAUUCGGGAACUAG